AUGGAUAAUUAUAUAAAAGAAGAAAAAACUUCUUUACAAUCGGUAGAAGUUCCUGGAGCACCCGAAAUUCCUGGAGAAGGAAAACCCAGACGUAAUGCUUCUUCACCUGAUAAAUUAAUUGAUUUUCCUCCCGGUGCAACUACUUUAUAUGAAAACUUUUUACAUGGAAUAAUUGAAUCUGAAGGAGGUAACUUCUUAGGUCAUAGACAAAUAAAUCAAGGAAUUGCUGGUCCAUAUGUCUGGGAAUCAUAUCCUGAAGUUCAAAAACGUGUCGCCAAUUUUGGAUCCGGUUUAAGAAAACUUGAAUUAGAUACAAAAGGAAUCCUAGGAUUUUUUUCGGAAAAUAACCCUCAAUAUGUCAUUGGAGAACUUGCAUGUUAUCAAUAUAAUUUCAUUCUAGUUCCACUUUAUGAUAUUUUAGGUAUCGAAGCUAUUGAAUUUAUUAUUAAUCAAACAGAAAUGAAAUAUUGUUUAACUACCGCAAAUAAGGCUCGUAUUUUAUUGGAGAUGAAAGAAUAUUUACCAACACUUAAAGUAAUAAUCAUUUCAGAUGAAUUUGAUCAUGAUCAAGAUUUAAUUGAAUUGGCUCAAGAAGUUAAUGUUAAAAUUAUAGAUUUUAAUACGGUUGAAAAUGAUGGAAUUACUAAUCCCAUUGAAGCGAUUAAUCCUAAACCUGAAGAUAUUGCAACUAUUAGUUAUACCAGUGGUACCACCGGUAAACCUAAGGGUGCAGUUUUAUCUCAUAAAAAUUUCGUGUCCGUAAUUGGAAGUACGAAUUUUUUGGCGGAGAAAGGGAAAUUUCCUAAAAUCACAAAAAAUGAUAUUCAUAUUUCUCAUUUACCUUUGGCUCAUGUAUUUGAAAGAACCAAUGAAUCUAUAAUUAUUUAUCAUGGAGCUUCAAUAGGUUUUUAUCAAGGUGACAUAUUAAAAUUAUUAGAUGAUAUAGCGGAAUUAAAACCUACGAUAUUUGUUUCCGUACCAAGAAUACUUAAUCGAAUUUAUGAUAAAGUGAUGGCUUCAAUAAAAUCUAAAGGUGGAGCCUCUCAAUUAUUAUUUAAUACCGCUUAUAAUGCCAAAAAGAAUGGAUUACAAAAAGGUCACGUCGAUCAUUGGAUGUGGGAUAAAACUAUAUUUAGUCCAAUUCGUGCGAAAUUUGGGGGAAGAAUGAAAACCAUUAUAUCAGGUUCUGCCCCAAUUUCUUCGGAAGUCAUGGAUUUUUUAAGGAUUAGUUUUUCGGCUGAUGUUUAUGAAGGUUAUGGUCAAACCGAAAAUGCUUCUGGUUUAACCGCGUCUCAACACGGAGAUACAUCAUCAGGUCACGUAGGACCACCUCAAGCUUGUACGGAAAUCAAAUUAGUUGAUGUAGCGGAAAUGAGCUACACAUCAAAGGACAAACCUCAUCCAAGAGGUGAAAUUUGUGUGAAGGGGAAUGCUUUAUUUCAAUAUUAUUAUAAAAGUCCCGAAAAAACUGCCGAAGUAAUUGAUAAAAAAGGAUGGUGCCACACCGGGGAUGUUGGAAUGUGGGAUGACUUAGGAAGAUUAGUUAUCAUUGAUAGAGUUAAAAAUAUUUUUAAAUUGGCUCAAGGCGAAUAUAUUGCUCCCGAGAAGAUUGAAAAUGUCUAUCAAAAACAUGAAUUGGUGGCACAAGCCUUUAUACACGGAGACUCCUUACAAUCCUCAUUGGUAGCAAUAAUUGUUCCCGAUCCCGAAACUUUAUUACCUUGGGCCAAGAAUAAUAAUCUCGGGAAUUACAAUUAUCAAGAACUUUGUAAUAAUUCUCAAGUGAAAAAACAUAUUUUACAAACUUUACAAAAGUAUGGUAGAGCCAAUGGUUUAAAAGGAUUUGAAAAUGUGAAAAAUAUUCAUUUAACUCAUGAACAAUUCACCUUACAAAAUAAUCUGUUAACCCCAACUUUUAAAUUAAAGAGGCAUCAAGCUAAAAUUAGGUAUCAGAAAGAAAUUAAUGAAAUUUAUUCUGAAAUUUCAUAA